CCCACAUCACGGCGGACAUAAUUUUAUCGACCUAAUUCAAUAUUAAUGCUGAAAUGGGGCGGCAGUGUCCCGGAUGUGACAUCUGGAUAUUGCAAAUGGCGAGUCCAGAGAUGGGAAGCCGGAUGGUGGAAGGGCCACAGUGUAACUGUAUCCACGGCGCUCCCGGAAAAAUGUCCAGACGGGAAUGAUGUUUGUCCUGACGUUCCUGGAACGAUGGUCCCGCUUGUCUAGCCGGUUCUACGUGGAUUUGUAAGGGGACGAUUGUGUACGGGGGGAUUUUCGGUUGUGAAGAUGUCGGGGGAACACCAAAUGGUGGGACCUUACCGGCUGGAAAAAACACUGGGGAAAGGACAGACGGGUCUGGUCAAGCUGGGUGUCCAUUGUGUUACAGGCAAGAAGGUGGCAAUCAAAAUUGUCAACAGGGAGAAACUUAGUGAAUCCGUACUCCAGAAGGUGGAAAGAGAAAUCGCCAUCCUGAAACUUAUAGAACAUCCACAUGUACUUAGGUUGUAUGAUGUCUACGAAAACAGAAAAUACCUCUAUCUAGUACUUGAACAUGUAUCAGGAGGGGAGUUGUUUGACUACUUAGUGAAGAAAGGACGUUUGACGCCAAAGGAAUCACGGAGAUUCUUCAGACAAAUCAUCUCUGCACUGGAAUUUUGUCACAACCACUCUGUUUGUCACAGAGACUUAAAACCAGAGAACCUGCUGCUGGAUGAGAAGAACAACAUCCGAGUAGCCGACUUUGGGAUGGCUUCCUUACAAGUCGGUGACAACAUGUUGGAGACCAGCUGCGGGUCACCACAUUAUGCAUGUCCAGAAGUAAUCAGGGGAGAGAGGUAUGACGGAAGAAAAGCAGACAUCUGGAGCUGUGGAGUUAUAUUGUUUGCAUUGUUAGUGGGUGCCUUGCCAUUUGAUGAUGAUAACUUGCGGACAUUGUUAGAAAAAGUAAAGAAGGGAGUGUUCCAUAUACCACAUUUUGUUCCACCUGAUUGUCAAAACCUGCUGCGUGGCAUGAUCGAGGUGGACCCAGUGAAGAGAUUAACACUUGAACAAAUACGCAACCACCAAUGGUAUUUAGGUCCAGAUAUGACUGCUUGUAGUGACCCGAAUCAGUCGCCAAACUUCUUCGAUCAGUUGAAGCUGUCAUUGGUGGAGGCCUUUAGUUCUAAAAAUGCAAGGGGCAGCAGAGAUCCAGACUUGGAGAAGCUGCCCAGACAUCCAUCAGUGGAGUGUAUUCCAAAGCAGCUACGUCCGAUCCCGUCGAUGGAGGACAUCGAUCCUGACGUGCUGGCCAGCAUGAACUCACUCGGCUGCUGGAAGGACAAGAACAAGCUUAUCAGGGACCUCCUCAGUGAAGAGAAGAACACUGAGAAGAUAGUGUACUUCCUGUUGCUGGACCGGAAGGAGAGGAAACCCAGCUAUGAAGACGAAAACGAGAUUCACAUACGCAAUAGGUGUCCAUCAGAUGAUCCACCAAGAAAGAGAGUGGAUUCUCUCUCGUUGAAUGGCAGGCGGCGCCCGGAGCGCGGCCUCUCUAUGGACGCAUUACACAACGGUACUGGCUCUCCGCCAAUGUCGGCGAGACGAGCCAUUGAAAUUGCACAGCAGGGCCAGAGGUACCGGUCAAGGAGUCUGUCGACUACUCCCAUGUCAUCCCCCUACCACAGCCCCAAAGUCACUCCACAGCACACCCCACACCACACACCAAAGGGAAGUCCACUGCACACCCCUGUCCACACCCCGCGGAACCUCACCCCCACGUCCAGCCCCACCCCCACCCCGCCGGGGAGCCCCGGGAUGGGGGGCCAGGCUGAGUGGAAGAGGAGGUUAACCACAAUAAAGAACAGCUUCCUGGGCUCUCCUCGCUUCCACAGGAGGAAGCUCCAAGUUCCAAGUGCAGAAGAGAUGUCUCUGACGCCAGAUAGCUCACCUGAGAUGACGAAGAAGUCGUGGUUCAGCAGUCUGAUUGGCUCGGACAAGGAGGAGACGAUUUUCGUGGUCAUCAAAGAUCGACCAAUCAGCACCAUCAAGGCUGAUAUAGUCCAUGCCUUCCUGUCGAUGCCCGGGUUGACCCACAACGUGGUGUCACCAACGAGCUUCAAGGCAGAAUACAAGAAUGCAGGUGGGACCUCCUCCAUGUUCAGCAAGCCUGUCCGCUUCCAGGUGGACAUCACACCUUCCGAGAGCGUGUCUGAGAAGCAGUCAGCUAUCUACUCUGUUAGUUUCACACUCAUCUCAGGCCCAAGUCGUCGGUUCAAGCGAGUGGUGGAACUGAUACAGCAGCAGCUGCUCAGCUCCCCUACGCCCCCCACCCACACUUCCCACUCACGGACGUACGAUGAGGUACCCAAUGACAGGUCACCAACUGGCAGAUACGAGCAGUUUGGUCCCUCAGGAUACGCAGCCCCUGCGGGGGCAUACCCACGUGCACCUGGCACUCGGAGAAAAUCCUUUGAUUCGGCAGCAAACUAUGAAAACGAAGUUUUUGACUCAGACCUGCAAUUUAGUCCACGACAUGGUAGCCCACGUCGAGACACGGCAAAACUGAUUGCCAAUGGCCAGCCUGUUGGAAGGAGGCGCUCUUCCAGAGGGACAGAUCUGGCUGCUGAUUUCCGAAGAGAAACAAAUUUAUGACUCUAACUGCAUUUGUCUCUAUGUUUCCUCCAAAGUAAGCCAUAAUGCACAGCUUAACACAUUGCUGCCAGAAGUCAUCACAUCAUGCAUGCACAUGGUCAGCCUUGGUCAGUAGUGGUCAUGAGCAUUUGUGUCCAGCUAAAGAAGUAUUGGUUUGGGGACUUCAAGCUGGUUCCAGCUUGGGGCAGGAUGGGACUUAUCAGCUCUACCAUGCCCAGAUCAAUCUAGACAAGAACUACUAGUCUGAACUGUGCCAGGCUGGACUAGUGUAAGGAUGAAACAGCACUAGUCUGAACUGUCUGGACAGCACCUGCCCAGAUCAGUGUUUGUCUGAGCUAGUGCUAGUCCAGUCCAGUCCAGUACCUGUCUAUACUGGUACUAGUCUGGCCCAGUUCCUGUAUGGACUGGUGCUAGUCUGGCCCAGGUCCUGUACGGACUGGUGCGGACUGGUGCUAGUCCAGUUCAGUUCGUGUAUGGACUGGUGCUAGUCCAGUCAAGUUUGUGUGUGGGCUGGUUCUAGUCCUGUCCAGUUCAUGUGCUAGGCUGGUCCAGUGCUUGUCUGUACUGGUGCUAGUCUGGUCCAGUGCCUAUUGAUGCUACUCUGGUCUAGCAUCAGUCAAGACAUUGAAAUAGUGCAAGCUGUUAUGGGCCAGGAAAUAGAGGGGAGUAACUUCCAUUACCAAACAACUAGUUAUGCCUGGCCAGACAGGUGGUUGCCAGUUUUCCUUGCAUAGCACAGGAAUCGACUAAAUAAUUAUUUGCUGGUAAGGAUGGUGUCAUUUCUGCAAUAUCACAGAUGGUACUGAAUGUAAGAAAGUAAUUAAGAAUCUUGCUAAGCUCCAUCAUCUUCCCUCCCCAUGUUCCUAAAAAUGCUGUACGUAAAUGUGCUAGCCAUCUGAUACAUGAUGGCUGGCUCCUCCCCUAGUGCAGACGAUAGCUAGUCUUGCCCUCCCUGCCUGGCUUUGCAGUCAUGAUGUGCUGCCAUGAAAACUGUGGACUCUAGGACUGGCAUGUGUACAAGCCAUGUAAGUGUAGCAUAGUAGGAAAUCUCUUCUUGUAUUUAUUCCUGUGAAUGGAGGGAAAAAAGAUGCGUACCCCAAAUUCUUGUCAUUUCCUACCUCACUGAUGGGACAAACGAGCCAGGCACACAGACUUCCAAGAUAGAAGACAAGUCAUAUCAUGGGACCAGGGUUUAAACUUCACUAUACAUGAUUACUACCCAAGAUGCUCUGUGUAUAUUUAGCUCAACCUUGCCCCCUCCCCCAUUCAUCUGUAACCUAUAAGUUAGAUUGACUUCUGCAUGUGAAGUGACAUGUAUGGGACGUUAACUGCAAUUUUAUAAAUUUUGGUGCAAUCUUUUAAGCAAGACUGUUUUACAAUCUAGAGAUAUAGGAAGAAUCUUCGAGUGAUUCAUUUUGAGCUUAAGUUUUGAUACCUGUGCCAGGCACAGUUAUGUCAGUUUUAAAGGUUAUUAACAUGUUGUGUAUAUACUGUCUACAUAUGAUGUCUCUUAUUGAAAGAUGUUAAAGUCAUUCGACAUCACUAAGAUCAGCUAUUGGACAUCUAUUUAUUGUUUCAUUAUUUUGACAGAGAAUCAGUUAACAACUAUAAUAUAUUAUCAUUAUUUAUUGAAGAAAAGUCAUGAUUAUACAUUUAUGUUUUUGAGUGCUUGGAGUGUCUGAUAUAUUUAUUUGACUUUGUAGCAAUUUUGUGGUGAAGCAACAUUUUGUGCAAUAAGUUUUGAAGUGUGAGAACUAAUGUGAUGGAUUUUCUGCACUUAAGGUCAGAAGUCCUUAAACCUUCUUCAAUGUUAUUGAACAUUGUUCUCAUUCUUGAUAUAUUUUCACUCUUGCCUGUGUCUGGAUAUCAUUACAGCUGCUAUAGUUUCUGAAUAUUGCUGUAUAUCUAUUAAGAUAUGUUGAAAACAGUUACUAGCUUGACCAAAGUUUUUCCCUGACUUCUUGUGCAGUUGUCUCUAGUUUGGAGUGGUCCCAACCGAAGCAUCGUCACAUUUAUGAGCUGGAUGUUGAACUUUGUGCAAAAGUUCAUUGACCAGCUGUAUUUUUGACACCAAUAUGCUUGCAACACUCACAUGUAAGUGAACUAGAGGUGGCAAGUACUUAGUUGAAGUGUAGUAGAGUUUGAUGUUGAUUGCAUGGCAGAGCAAAGGAGAAAUGUUUGCUCCUUGCUGGAGAAGCUGAAAACAUGCCCUAUAGACCCUUCUCAACAUGACGUUAUUUCUGUUUGACUUGUCUCUGAUUGCCUUCUAAUGAAAAUUUGUAACAUGGUGGUCUACAUACUUUGGUCACAAUACUGUCACAGUGAUACUGUUAGUUUUCUGGUUAUAUUUUUGAAAAGCCUAAUGAUGCCAAUGGCACAACUGGAUUUACGACAUGGGCACUGAAGUGGUAGUUUGAGCUUCGAACCCUAAAGUAAUGACGUCAUGAGAGCAUCACCAGGAGAUGGGUCUGUAGAGGUCAAGUGCAGCAGCUGUUAAAUUGAGAUUGCCCGGGCCUCUUUGCAAAAUUGUACAAACAAAACCUGAGGCUCAAAAAGUCCCUUUUCUUGCCUCUAAGUCCUGAAAAGUCCUCUGCAGGUGAAACUUUGAUGUUAUAUGAGUGUAAGAUAUGAAACAACUCUAUCGCAGCAAAGGGAAGAGUUGUUUGAACUGCAGUGUUCAUGCUACUCCAUAGUACCCAUAGUGUGGGGUAUCAUGCAUGUUUUGCAGUUCAGUCUAUUAUCAGUUAUAUUCUAGUUAUAUUCAAGUCGACUCAUUAUCUGAACUGCAGACAAUUAGAAGCAGUUCUUUCUUCCAACCUCUACUGUAUAAUGGUACCUUCCAAGUUUUUGUCAACUGUCUGUUGGCAUCACACAUUUCUGGGCUUGUCCACUGUCUGAAAGGGAAAAUGUAAUUCAAGUACAGAAUGUAGAAAGAAAGUUAUUAGGGGGCAUGCAUUAUGUAGAGAUUAGUAAUGGACACAGAAGUACUAUAGUUAGGAGGGUAACUGAUGUGUGGACAUGCCACGAUGGAUGAGAACUCUGUAUUCUUAGCUUAAUCUUAUUUGGGUAGAGCACUAUCUUCCAUACCCACAAAACAUUUUAAAGUCAUACAAGUCUUAAAACUUAUUUCAAUGUACUAUAGACAGGAUGUAUGAACACAGACUCAUGUAAAAAAUAACUAGAUAAUGCUCUACCCUUGUUACUUGUACAAUAAGAAAAAAGAACAAAGGUUCAGUGACUAUGCAUCAUGUUUUAAAAUGUAGUGCGCACCAUGUCUUAACUUAAAUAGGUACUGGAGGUAAGAAGUAAUCUAGGGUGGGGAUGGAGCAAUAGUGAAGAUGUCUGGCUGUACAUCUGUACAGACAUGUUCACCAUGAAACAUCCAAUUACAAAAUAAACCUGGACAAUGUUUUCUUGAA